AUGGAAGGAGCGGGAAUGGAAAAUAAAGGCCGCGGGCAUGGCUCACAGACGGGAGAGUCUACUCCUCGACACUGGGCUCCUGGCCAUGACACUGAGCAGACCCAAUCCAGGCAGAUGGGCCGAUCCAGUUCCCCCAGGCCCAUGAUGAAGGCUAAGCCCAAGCUCGUUAGUCCGAAAGGCUUUCCGGUCCGCAAAUCUCCUAUUACCCGCAUUGGGGGUGGACCGCAUAAGCUGAGGCGGUUAAGCCCGGAACUGGGUCCUACUCGCCCCCUGGAGGAUGGGAACAGAGACAGGCCGAGGCAGGCCUAG